UGGGGCUGCAGUGCAUGCUGAGUAUUUAAUCAGUAAGAUCUAGAUCUACUCUCAUCACUCUGACAGUGUCAACUGGCUGUUCCUUAAGAACCAUCUGAUAAAGGAGAUAUGAAUGUGCUGUUGCUACUACUCGGUGCUUUUGUCCUCAUUGUGUGUCUGUGCUUCCUGGCAUUCACUGGCUAUGUCUACCAUGUCCACAACAAGUACUCCCACAUCCCUACUCCUAAAUACUCCAGCUUCUACAAGGGCCACAUGCAACAAAUGAUCGAUUCUCAGAAAGGAGACGAGGAAGUGUUUGUUCUCGAUCUGUUCUUCAAAUGGUACCAAGAGACUGACUCAAAAGUUUAUGUCAUUUUUUUCUUUUGGAAAGCUUUUGUUGUUGUCAUUGAUCCGAGUUAUACCAAGGAAAUUAUUGUGCAAGUGAAGAACAACAAGCCAAAGGAUCAGGCCGACCUCGUAAACCAAUUGUUUGGAGAAAGGUUUUUAGGUAAUGGUCUCGUAUCUGUUCCUGACUAUGACACUUGGAAGCCAAGGAGAAAGCUCUAUGAUCCAGCUUUCAAUAAAAGCUACCUGAAGAGUCUACUGCCAUCCUUCAACAAGUGUGUGGAUGUGUUGCUGGAUAGUAUUAGACCAUUGGCUGACGGGGAAACAGAUGUUCCCAUGAAGCAACACCUUGCAGAAUGUACACUCUAUGUCAUCAGCAAAGUUGCUUUUGGCUCAGACUUUUCUGAUCAGUGGGAUGACAAGUCACUUGGUCUGAAACGAGCCAAGGGAACAGGAAAACUGACAUUUCUAAUAUCAAAUGUUUUCAAAGGACUCAUGAAGAGACAGAAGUCACCUUUCUUUCAGUAUAUUCACCCUUUUGAGGCUGAGGCGUACAGAGAGACAGUGAGGGCCAUCAGGACCAUUGGUAGAGACUGCAUCAAGAAGAGGAUAGCCAUGGUGGAGAGAGGAGUGGAGGUACCCAACGAUAUACUCACACAUAUCCUCGGGCUAGCCUCUACUAAAGAGACUGUAAGUAUUGAGGACCUAGUGGACGACUUUGCUACCUUCUACAUUGCUGGACAAGAGACAACUGGUAACCUUCUCACGUUCGCUGUAGCCCAGCUCCAUCUACACCCGGACAUUCUGGCUAGAGUACAAAUGGAGGUUGAUGAUGUGCUUGGCACUAAAGCAGAAGUCACUGGAGAAGACCUUGAAAGGCUUCAAUACACAGAACAGGUUCUUUUAGAGACAUUGCGAAUGCAUCCACCAGUAGGCGGAAUCACAAAAGAACUAUGUACUGAUACCACCCUGGGUGACAUCACACUUCCUGCUGGAACUAUGGUCUUUAUGGGCACCAUAUUGUCUUCUCAAAUGCCCGAGUAUUUUGAUGAUCCAGACAUUUUCAAUCCAAGCAGAUUUGACCAGGAAAACAAACAACCCAGUUCUUUCGUCUACUUUCCAUUUGGACUUGGUCAUCGCGCAUGCAUUGGAAAACACUUUGCAAUGAUGGAGGCCAAGAUGAUCCUUGCUAGAUUGAUCCAGACGUUCAAGCUCACCCUUCCCGAGAACUACAAGCUGGUUGUCGUUAGCCGUGGCACCCUUCAGCCCAAAGAUGACGUCCCGUGUAAAGUAGAGCUACGACUAUAAUUAUGAACACUUCACCAACACUGAGUUACUUAAUUCCUUAACAUUAUAUACCUGUUUUAAACAUAUUGCAUGCUUUUUUCUAUACGUACCUCCUCCGAUAUAAUAUAACAUAAUUAUAUACUUUGCUGCAUAUUAUAAUUAUAUAAUUAAUAUAGUAGUGUUCAA